UAAGGCCGUCCGCGGACACAGGGGGAUGCCUGCACUGUCUCUUUAAGGGCUCUCCGGCUGGGGUGGCGCUUUCUCUCGCUCGCUCAGGCUCCCUUUGAUAUUAAUAGUGUUGGUAUCUUGAAACUGACGUCAUGGUCGAAGACGGAGGUCCUGACAAGCGAUAACACUUGUGAUAAAGCGCGGAGCUCGGGCGCAGCCUCCCUUUCGGGCGCUUGUUUGUUCCACGCCGAGCCCGGCGCUUCCCCACUCUUUCCUAAGCAGAGCCGGGUCCCCCCUCGCGCUUCCCCCUGGCUCUCCCCCCCAUCCGCAAGGGGCGAGGAGGAAGAGGAGGAGGAGGAGGAAGGGGAGCCGGGAAGGUAGACCUUUCUUGUCUCUCCCCUCCCUCCCCCUCAGCUCCUUAACCCUUUCUUCUUCUUCCUCCUCCUCCUCCUUUCCUCCUCCUCUCUCUCCUCCUUCCUUCCUUCCCUCUCUCCCCCCUCCUCCCUCCCCACCUCUUCCAAAAUAAUCCAAGAUCAACUCUUGUUGCAAACAACAGAAAGACGGUUCAUGGCGCAAGCGACGGUGCCACCAUCUUUCCAGGCGCUGCGACCAUUAUUGCUCGUAUUAUUGCUGAUUAAUCAACAGGACUUAAUCUGAACCAAAAUUUCUUCCCUGGAAUUUGAUUCGGUGCCAGAUUUCAAUCUUGGAAAUAUUUAUCACGGAGAGUUACUAUGUGCAGAUCAGCUCUCAGAAUGUCUUCUAUGUCUGCUGUGUAUCUCCUAAGCCAGUUGUGUUAGCCUUCCAGCUAAUUGACUAAUAGAAUUAAUAACUGUAAAAACAAAACACAACAAAAAGCAUUGUAGAGCCACAUGCCUUAUGAAGUCAAUGCUGGGUAUGAUUUUACAAAUAUGGUCCGGAAAAAGAAUCCCCCUCUAAGAAACGUUAGAGAAGGAGAAACAGAGACCUUUCAAUCGCCAGGUACAGAAAGUGACAAUACUGAAAGAAAAGAAGAAUUUUCUGCCGGUCAGAUGCAAGACAACACUGAGUCGGGUGAGGCUGUGGAGCAAAAUGAUGAGGAGUUUUGCACGCAUGUCCCAGAGCCAUCUCCCAGCUCUAAAAAGGACUUGAAAAGCUCUACAACGAGUGAAAAGGCUGGCUUCAAUUAUGAAAGCCACAAUAAGGGAGGAAAUGUUCCAUCCUUCCCUCAUGAUGAGAUGACAGACAGAAAUAUGCCGGCCUUCUCAUCUCCAGCUGUUGGGGGAAUCUCUGAAUCCUUGAAGUGUCCCCACAGAUCAGAUGCAGAUGACACCCAAGAUGUGGCCUGCAACCUGUCAGUAGAUCUGACAGACAAAAGUGAAGAGAUUCGCAUGUCACCAAAAUCUAUUGAUGAAACAAUGCAUGUGCAAAGUGGUCAAGCUGAGGGCCGCAGUUCAAGCCCAGCCUCGGUGGCCUCAAAAAACCCACAAGUGCCUUCAGAUGGGGACUUAAGGCCAAUCAAAUUGAAAGCAGAUUUGACGGCAAAUGAGAACCCAGAUACGGCGCCUCUGUCUCCAGAGCUUCAGGACUUCAAAUGCAACAUCUGUGGCUAUGGUUACUAUGGGAACGACCCCACAGAUCUUAUAAAACACUUCCGCAAGUACCACCUUGGGCUACACAACCGCACCAGGCAGGAUGCUGAGCUCGACACUAAAAUUUUAGCUCUCCACAAUAUGGUGCAGUUCAGCCAUUCCAAAGACUUCCAGAAAGUCAACUGUUCUGUGCUAUCAGGGGUUCUGCAGGACAUCAGUUCUCAAAGGCCUGUUUUGCUAAACGGGACUUACGAUGUGCAGGUAACCUUAGGUGGGACCUUUAUUGGCAUUGGACGCAAAACUCCAGAUUGCCAAGGGAACACCAAAUAUUUCCGCUGCAAGUUCUGCAAUUUCACCUACAUGGGCAAUUCUUCAACUGAGUUGGAACAGCACUUCUUGCAGACCCAUCCAAACAAGAUCAAGGCCUCCCUUCCUGUCUCUGAAGGCAGCAAAGCCACAGACAGAAACUCGAACAAGUCCAGUCCUACUGUUCGAUUGGGUGAGAUGGGAGAUUUGGGGAAGUGGCAGGACAAGAUCACCAUCAGAUGUGGAGAUGACACUCCAGUUGGCUAUUCGGUGCCCAUCAAGCCCCUUGAAUCCUCAAGACAAAACGGUACGGAUGCCUCCAGUUACUACUGGUGCAAAUUCUGCAGCUUUAGUUGUGAAUCCUCCAGCUCUCUCAAACUAUUAGAACAUUACAGCAAGCACCAUGGGGGGAACCAGGCAGGGGGCCCUCACCCAGAUCGGAAUGACAAGCUCUCAAGGGGGUCAGUCAUUAAUCACAAUGACGUAACCAAAAAUGCAGAUGAAGAGUUAGCAACAAAGAGCGAGAAGGGCUCUAGCAUGGCCAAAAAGAAAGACUUUUCCAGCUCAGGAGUGGAGGACCACGUGGUGACAAGCUACAAUUGUCAGUUUUGUGAUUUUAGGUACUCAAAGAGCCAUGGCCCAAAUGUAAUAGUGGUGGGACCUCUUCUUCGUCAUUAUCAGCAGCUACACAACAUUCAUAAAUGUACUAUUAAGCACUGUCAGUUUUGUCCCCGAGGCCUCUGUAGUCCAGAAAAGCACCUUGGAGAAAUUACUUAUCCUUUUGCUUGCAGGAAAAGUAAUUGUUCCCAUUGUGCUCUCUUGCUCUUGCACUUGUCCCCUGGGAUGCCAGGAGGCACCAGAGUCAAGCAUCAGUGUCACCAGUGCUCUUUCUCCACCCCUGAUGUAGACGUUCUCCUGCUUCAUUAUGAAACCACACACGAAGCCCAGGUGUCUGAAGUCAAGCAAGAAGCAAAUACCCUGCAAGGGGGGGAUGGACCACUGACUGUCAAAGAAAGCAAAGAACACUCGUGUACCAAAUGUGACUUUGUCACUCAGGUAGAGGAGGACAUUUCUCGACACUACAGGAGAGUCCAUAAUUGUUAUAAAUGCCGUCAGUGCAGCUUUACAGCGCUUGAUACACAGUCCUUACUGGAACACUUCAACACUGUGCACUGUCAAGAAAUGGACAUCACCACAGCCAAUGGGGAAGAUAGCCAUGGGAUGGUGGCUGCUCUCAAGGAAGAAUCCAAAAUUGAUCUGAAGGUUUAUAACCUGAUCAGUUCGGAUCCAAAAGUGGGGGACCCCAUCUUGGAGAGUGUAGUGAAGAAGGAAAAGAUGGAGGAAAAAGAAGGAUCGAAGGAGAAAGGUUGGCCUGAUGGGUCUAGUGAUGAUCUUCGUGGUACAACUUGGAGAGGAGUGGACAUUUUGAGAGGAAGCCCAUCCUAUACCCAAACAAGCUUGGGCCUUCUGACCACGGUGUCUGUUGUCCAAGAGCAGCCAAAGGCUUUGAGGGAUAGUCCAAAUGUAGAAGCUGCUCAUCUUGCGAGACCUGUAUAUAGCUUGCCUGUUGAGACCAAGGGAUUCCUGCAAGGCAUGCCCCAAGGAAGUGGAGAAAAACCUGGACCACUUCAGCCAUAUCCUGGAUCUGCUGAUAACAAGUCAAAGGAUGAGUCUCAAUCACUUUUACGGGUAGGAAAUUCUGUUUUUGUUUAUAUACUUCUGGGAAAUUCAUUCCUUCCUUCCUUCCUUCCUUCCUUCCUUCCUUCCUUCCUUCCUUCCUUCCUUCCUUCCUUCCUUCCUUCCUUCCUUCCACAUUUUUGAUGUUUGCUUUUCAAA